UUUCUCUUGCUCGUGAUUCUUGCAGCUGCAGCAAUGUUCUAUGCCUCCUUAUUUCUGAGCAAACGUGGGCCACUAGCAAAAAUUUGGCUGGCUGCCCAUUGGGAUAAAAAGCUAACAAAAGCUCAUGUUUUUGAGUGUAACCUGGAGGCUACUGUUGAAAGCAUUAUUUCACCCAAGGUUAAAAUUGCACUGAGAACUUCAGGCCACCUGCUUCUAGGAGUGGUGCGGAUUUACAAUCGAAAGGCAAAGUAUCUCCUGGCAGACUGCAAUGAGGCAUUCACAAAAAUAAGGAUUGCUUUUCGUCCAGAUAUUGUGGAUCUUGCUGAAGAAAACCUUGAAGCCACAUAUAAUGCCAUUACUUUGCCUGAGGAGUUUCAUGAUUUUUCUAUUCAGCUGCCAGAUGUGGAUGCAAUUGAUGUUGCUGAGCACUUUACACUGAACCAGAGUACAUCUGAGGCCAUUACACUUAAAGAAGAUCUGUGCAGUAUUCUCCAGGAUGACGGAUUUGGUCAUGGUUAUAAGAUGUUAGGGAAUAGUAGUAUCCUGGAUGAUAAUCUAAUGAGCACAAGUGAGUCGUUACUUCCUCAAACACCAAUAAAUAAUUCUAGUGCUAUCUUGAAAGAAGGAUUCACAUUAAGCUAUGAUAGAAAUAGCUUUCAGAACGAUGGAUUUGGAGAUGAGGGAGCAGCCUGUAUGUUAGAGGAGCUUCUCAGUGGCGAAGCUGAAGAUGCUUUUGUGGAUUUUAAAGAUAUUAAUAAUUACAGUAAUAAAGACAUAGAAAAUCAGAAGCUACAAACAGCUCAGGCUGGUAAUUCAGAUGUUCCUGGUCCAUUACUUCAGGCAGAGAAUGCUAUAGGUGAUCAAACAACUCUUAUAUCCAAUGAAGAGGAAUGCUUUGCCUUACAGCCAGUUGAUGCCACUGUUUUUUCAGAAAGAAAACGAGGCAAAAGGAGGAGGAAGCUUAUUGUGGAUUGUAUUAAGGAACUUGAUAGUAAUACAAUUCGUGAUCAGAUUGAGGAUGUUUCAGAUAUAAUCACAACAAUAGAACUGGCUCCACCAACCAAGAAGUUAAUGAAAUGGAAAGAGACAGGUGGAGUUGAAAAACUCAACUCACUGCCUGCCCAACACCUAAUAAAUUACAGAUUGUUAAAGUUGUUCAGACAAUGUCUUAGGAAAAAUUUACAUUGGGAAAAAAUUAAUGAGAGUGAUGCGCUGGAGAGAAGAUGGGAUAUUGAACAAAUGAGAAGUGAGGGACAUAAUGUAAUCGAUUUGCCUAUUAUAGAGGAACUAUGUGUUAUGCAAGAAUCUAUAAAUGAAUCCAAAAGGAGCAGCAUUGAACAUGGACCAAUAUCUGUACAGAAAAUAUGCAAAGGCCAGCACAGUGCAUCUGAAAAAGAAAUCCCUGAAUUGGAAAAAUCAGAUUCUGACUUAAUGCAAGUGGAUCUUCCUCUUGAGGAGUCAUUAAUUGUUCAUCUAUCUGCCGGAGAAGAGAGAGGAAGUGAACAAAUGGAAUUCGCAGAACAGAAACAAAGUGGAGGAAAGGAUCAUGAUUUUGAAGAGACACGUAGCAACGAAAGAACCCAGCAUCUUUGGCACAGCCUGCAGCGGAUCCAUCUCAGAACAGGUGAAAGGACCUUCAGUAUUCUGGAGCUGUGUCGGAAUAACAAUCGUAAACAGGCUGCUGCAAAAUUCUAUAGUCUCUUGAUGCUCAAGAAGCAGCUAGUGCUUAAACUCACCCAAAGGGAACCCUUCAGUGACAUCAUUGCAACCACAGGAGAAUUGUUUAAUCUCUGAGUACUUAAUAAUACGUCUUUCUCUUCUAAAAUAUUCUUAAUAGCAAGUAUUUUUUUUACCUUCUAAUGCUGAUGUUGCAUAAUUACAGUAUAUCAUUUAUCCACAUCCUCAGUCAAAUGUACAAUACAUUUUUUUUUUAAUAUUUCAUAUCACACCAGUAAUCUUCUUGAGGGCUCCUUCCAGGACUAAAGGAAAGUUUGACAUUGCUACAAAGAAAAUUAAAACAAUCCACAUAAUUGUUUAAAAACACAUUUAAAUUUUCAUUGAAUUCUGCUAACUUGCAAAAGAUUCCAGGUUGAUCCACAAUUUCAGAUUUAUUAGCAAUAUUCAAUUUUAAUUACCUAAAUGUAGUUUAACAUGAGAAAUGAAUUUACAUAUAGGGCAUUGAAAUAAAAUCAGCCUGAAACAUAAGAAUAUUGGACUGCUCCCUGGUUCAGUGGCAAUGAUGUUAGCAAUUAAACAAAAUGGGUGUUUUGGCCCAGGAGUGACCUGUUUGCUUCAUCAAGUCAUCUAAGGGGAAGAUUUUCCUACAACUGUUGGAACAGAAUUGGCCUGCGCCAAUUCAAGAAAAUUGGGCAAGGUGUGCAGACGCAAUUUAGUCUUCCCUGUUUGCCUGUGACCCAGUAAUCCCAAAACAAGAUUUAGGUAAUCCACCUAAAUGCAGAAAAUGCUAGAAAUGGAAACAGGAUAAAGCCAUUUUACCUUUUAACCACUGAAUAAAAAUGGCUAAACUUGUACCUCAGCCUGAGUAUUCAACCUAAUCUUACAUCCCUUGAUUUCCGGAAUGGCUAAAAGUCUAAACAAUUUCCAUUCUGAACAUAGGCAAUGAUAAGAUGGAGCCUUAAGAGAUAGAGAAUUACAAUUUCACAACAGUUAAAGUACAUUUAAAUUAAUCUUUUAAUUCUUAAAUGGCUGAUCCAUUCAUACAGCUUGAUACAUGGUAAAUGAUUAAUUUCAAUCACAAACAUUAUCAUAAAGGUUUGUUUGAAAGUUUAUAUUUCAACUGCAUUUUUUUUUCAAAAUUAAAGUUGUUGUAUUUUGUACAAGAGGUUAAUUUACUGCACGUUAUUUUUCUGCUUGUAACAAUCAAUUAUUUUGACUGGAUUCCCUUUGAUAGAACAUUAUCUUUUGGCAAGAAAUACUACAAAUGUAUCUAUUUGCUUCUAUUGUUGAAUGGUGAGCAAUUGUUUCAAGCUCUUUGGAGCUGUGUUUUUUGCUGUAUUAAUUUCGCCUUUUCAUGUAAAUAAACACAUUUGCAGAAAUUUGAAAACCGUGGGCUGGCAAAGCAUUGCAUUAUGCAGCUGUCUUGAUUGGAGUAAUUACUUUUUGACAAGCCAAGAAAUGUGCUUUGAUUCAGAAAGCAUAGUAAUAGUUAGACUUGCAGAUAAUGUUGGAGCUGGAUAGCAAGUCAGGCCGUAUCAGCAGAGAGAGAAGCAGAGUUGAUGAGCAAGGGCUUCAUCAGAACUGGAAAAAUUAGAAGACAAGCAUGAUUUAAGUUGCAGAGGAGGCGGUGAAGAGGAUAUGUCUGAAGGUGCAGACCCAAGUUGUCAAGGUAACAAUUACUUUUAACAAUUGGAACAAACAGUCCAGAAACAAAUUGAAACAAAGAUACAGCCAUAUCUGGGGAAAGGAUGGGUUUAUGCGACAUGGUUAAAUUCAUUAUUAAGCCCUUGAGGGUUGUAAUGUGCCAAGUCAGAAGAUGAGACUGUUUCCAGUUUACACUGGACUUCAUUGAAGCAUUACAGGAGGCUGGAGACAUGUCUGCCAGGAAUUGAGAAUUAAAGUGACUAGUGACUGGCAUCUUAGAGUCACCCCUGAGAAUUGUACGGAGGUGUUGUGCAAAUAGGUCAUUCUAUCUGCAGUUGGUUUCUCCAAUGUAAAGGAGACCCUACUGUGAGCACUAAACGCAUUAAACUAAAUUGGAGGCAUUACGGAGAGAUAAAAGGGCAAGUGUUGCUUUUACCCUUGAUUGCAUGGGACUUAAUACUGCGUUUAAAAAUGUAUCUACAGUAAAUUCUUUUUUUUUUAAGGAUAGACAUAAAGUGCGGAGUAACUCAGCGGAUCAGGCAGCAUCUCUGGAGAAAAAGGAUGGGACCCUUCAGACUUUUUUUUACAGAUAUGACAGCAUCUUUGAUUCAAUAUCUUAUGCUUCAAUUUGGUACGGCAUCAUUUGUUCCAAUUAUUGUUUUUCAAAGUGGGACCUUGACAUCAUUGGUCUGUAGCCUAGGACAGACAGCUCUGUUCACUCCCUCCCUCUGCAACUCAGCUCACUUGUCAUCACUUAUCUACAUCUGAUGGGGCAUCGUCAACCUGAGUCAUCGUCUCUCUCUGCAUGGAUGUUCCAAGAGUCGUUCAGAAUUAUCUGCUUUUAAUUCAGAUUUUCAGUCUACAAGUUUUCUCCUGGGUCUGGAAAAAUUGCACAUUGUAGUGGGGACUCGUAGGAGCCCAGCCAAAAACUAGUUGGACACGAGUUGUGUGCACUAGACGUGUUUAAUCUCUAAAUCAGCUCCUUACUCCUCCAAGGACACUGGCGUUGCCUGGCCUUAAAUACCAAAUCAGGUACCGACCCCGUGACUAGCACCUCUCACACCAAGACGCCGCCCUCUAGAGCCGAUGGUUCGUUGUGACCUUGGGUUGUCACCAGGUGCCGCCACAACAUGCACAAUAUUGUUAAACACUAAUUUUUUCUACGGCUUAAAAAAAUUGAAGUUGAAAUACCGUUUUAUAUUCACUAUCAGAAUCUAAACAUAUUGAACGGUAUAGAAACUAUAGCUACUGUGCCUCAGCAGAGGAGGACAUGAAAUUUAGGGUGAUUGAUGGGGUGGCAGUUAAUUGAGCUACUUUGCCCAGGAAGGGCUUGAAAAUUCUUAGUUCUGUUUUUAUCCAGGGAAGUAGACAAUAUUCCACUGCAUUCUUGAUUUGUGCCUUGCAAAUGAUGGAAAGAUAUUGAGGUGACUGGAGGCUAAUUACUUGUCAACAGAGUACCCAGCCUCUGACCUGAUCUUGAUAUCACAGUAUUUAGAUGGCUGGUCUAUUUACAUUUCUAAUCAAUGGUGACCCCAUGGAUAUUGAUGGGAGGUUCUUAGAGAUGAAAAUAUAAACGGUAGGUGGUUAGAUUCUCUCAUAAUGAGAAUGGCUGCAAAGUUUAUUGAGUAAACUAAUUUGUCCCAACUCAAAGCAUUUCCAAUAGCUUUGCCCCCCAUGGAAUCCUGAUUCUCAUUGCGGGAAGAUUAUUUGAGGAAAUAAUUAACCUUUGCUCAUUCUAGAAUGUGAAAAUAGUGCAGAUUUCUUGAUCUCUCCAUAUCAAUAAAAAAUAUCUUGCUAACAUCAUAUCCUGACAGCUCCGAUGCAUCAGAAUAAUUGAUCAGCACAAUAGAAAGGUUGAAUAGAAUAUGUUAUUUACAUUUGACUGUUUUUCACUUUCCCUUUUCCAAACCUGAUAUGUGGGAGCUAAGCAUAUUAUGUUCAGCUCACUGCUGUUGGCAAAGAGCUAUUACUCUCACAUAUCUGAAAGUCAGAGAGGAAAUAUGUUCCAUGCACCAAUUUGAUUAUCUACAGUUCACUCAAGUUUAGGCCGCCUUCCCGUAAAGCACUUUGAUGAAAUAUAAUAGGAUUAAAAUUAGAAACGGCUCCCAAAACUGCAGAACUAAUAAUUGGACUUUAAUCCCGGCAGGUCUGGUAUCACUAAUAAGGAU